GGAUUCUUUUGUUGAUUAUUGGAUGAAAAGGAACACUAUUACUAUGGAUAUUCCUACCCACAUAUUUAAUAUUCUGAAACGUCCAGAUCGCAAUUAUCUUUCUCAGGAGGAUUUUAAGCCUGUUUUACGAGAGCUGUUGGCAAGCCAUCCAGGGUUGGAGUUUUUACAGAACACACCUGAGUUUCAAGAUAGAUAUGCCGAAACUGUCAUAUAUCGAAUAUUUUACUAUGUCAAUAGAUCUGGAAAUGGCCAUCUCACUCUUCGGGAGCUUAAGUGUGGAAAUUUAAUUUCUGCAAUGCAGCAUGCUGACGAUGAGGAAGAUAUCAACAAAGUUUUAAGAUACUUUUCCUAUGAACACUUCUAUGUGAUAUACUGCAAAUUCUGGGAGCUGGACACGGAUCAUGAUUUUCUGAUCGAUAAGGAAAACCUUAUUAGAUAUGGAAAUCAUGCACUUACAUAUAGGAUUGUCGAACGAAUCUUCUCGCAGGUUCCUAGGAAGUUCACAAGCAAGGUAGAAGGAAAAAUGGGAUAUGAAGACUUUGUUUAUUUUAUCCUUGCUGAAGAAGAUAAAUCAUCUGUGCCUAGCCUUGAAUACUGGUUCAAGUGCAUAGAUUUGGAUGGAAAUGGCAUUCUUACACCUAAUGAGAUGCAAUUCUUCUACGAUGAGCAGCUGCAUCGCAUGGAGUGCAUGGCACAGGAACCUGUGCUAUUUGAGGAUAUUUUGUGUCAGAUGGUUGACAUGAUUGCUCCAGAGAAUGAGAGUUACUUAACUCUUCGAGAUUUGAAAGGCUGCAAACUGUCUGGAAACAUUUUUAAUAUUCUCUUCAAUCUUAACAAGUUCAUGGCAUUCGAAACUCGCGAUCCAUUUCUUAUUCGGCAGGAGCGUGAAAAUCCAACAUUGACAGAGUGGGAUCGCUUUGCCCAUAGAGAAUAUAUUAGGUUAUCCAUGGAAGAAGAUGGCGAAGAUGCCUCAAUUGGCAGUGGAGAUGUCUGGGAUGAAGCUGCUGAGGCUCCUUUUUGAUUCUGAAGUUUUUUUGACACAGCUACAAGUAUAAUGCUUGGCCAAAGCUGCUCCAGACAUAGUUAUUUCCAUUGGAUACUACCAGCACUCUGGCUGCAUUAAUUUCAGCCAACUAUUGCAUAGCACAAGAUUCUUACUGCGUUAUUCAAAACCUAUUUGUUCCUGAGU